UUAGGCCCAAGAAAUGCAGGCCAGCGAUCACCAAGAGCGUGAACGCAUGAUUCGCUCGACUCGCCUGGUCAGCUUGCCCGAGUCACGUCUCCUUAUUAUCCCACCAACAUUCCCACGCCGUCGGCAUCGACGACCCAUCCGGUGUUUCGCCGACGUUCCUCUCGGCCCAACCAUCCAAAGCCCGUCAUAUACCCCCAGGACUUCUCUCUUUUCUAAGCGUCUCGUCUCUUCCCUCGUACCCUCCCAUCCCGGCCGCCGGGACCGCCCUCUCCCUCAGACGAUGGAUCGCGCCGGAGACUACUCGUCGGGAUCCGAUUCCUCCGCCGCCGCCGCUACCGAGGACUACGUCCACGUCUCCAGCGCCGAUCCCCCUGUGGCGGUGGUGGCGGCCGAAGAGGCGGCGCCGAACCCUAACCCUAACAUUCGCGCGGAUUCCGAGCUCCCUGAGGCUCCGGCGUGGAGUUCUAUCGAGGAGAAGGCUCGUGCUUCGGUUGCCGCCGAUGAUGAGGUUCUUGGAGGGCUGGGAGGUCCUGACCUGGAUUCUGUGGAUGGGGAAGAGGAGCGGAAGAGGGUUCUUCCGGAGGAGUUGUCGAAGGGCGUCGCGAUCUUAGAGUGCGAGUCCUCGGCCGAAGGAGGCACCUGCGACGUGUACUUGGUUGGAACCGCUCACGUUUCUCAGGAAUCAUGCAAGGAAGUUCAGGCCGUCAUCAGUUACUUGAAACCACAGGUUGUUUUCUUGGAGUUGUGUUCGAACCGUGUUGCCAUCUUGACCCCCCAAAAUCUUCAGGUUCCUACUUUGAGUGAAAUGAUUGACAUGUGGAAGAAAAAGAAGAUGAAUACUUUCGGAAUUCUCUACAGCUGGUUUCUUGCCAAGGUUGCUGAUAAACUCGAGGUUUUCCCUGGUUCUGAGUUCCGAGUGGCAUUUGAAGAAGCAAUGAGUUAUGGAGCCAAGGUUAUAUUGGGUGAUCGUCCUGUCCAUAUCACCUUGAGGAGAACUUGGGGCAAAAUGACAUUAUGGCAUCGAGCAAAAUUUCUGUACUAUAUACUCUUUCAAGCAAUCUUUUUACCAGACCCUGAAGAUCUCAAUAAAAUGUUGAAGGAAAUGGAUGAUGUUGACAUGCUAACUCUUGUGAUUCAAGAGAUGAGCAAGGCAUUCCCCACUUUGAUGGAGACACUUCUACAUGAACGUGAUAUGUAUAUGUCAUCUACAUUGUUAAAGGUUGCCAGAGAACAUUCUUCAGUAGUUGCAGUUGUUGGCAAAGGGCAUUUGUCGGGAAUAAAGAAGCACUGGAAGCAGCCUAUUGAGGUAAAGCAUCUAUUGGAAGUUCCUGCCAAAGGUGCAGGUCUUUCUCGGAUGAAAAUCUUAGCAUCUUUAGGUGUGGCAGUGACCGGGGUUGCCAUUGCUACUGGACUCUAUCUUGUGGGCAAGAGGUGACACGAGAUAAACAGAAAGUUCUCAACUAGACAAAAGCAGUGCAAGCAGUUCACUUUCAUUUAUACUAAUGAUAGUUUCAUAUUUAAUCGUGCUUUAUAUUUUCUAUAUAUGAUACAAAAGUGCUAUGUUUUCCUGCAGUUGGAAUAUCCAACAGCUGGAAUAUGAUAAUCUUUCAGGUUUUUGGAUGCGGUCUGUUGGUUGCCAAAAUUUGAAAUCUAUUCGUAGUCCUAUACAAGUUUAUCAUGGACCCGACAUAUCAGAA